UCCUCCUCCUCCUCCUCCCCGCGCGUUUCCUUUGCCCGCGGCGCGCUCCGGCAGGAAGGGAGCGGCCGCAGGGAUGGAGCGGAUCGCGGCAGGGAUGCCGUAGCUCCCGGGAUACCCCGGCCCGCUGCUCCCCGCCGGGACGCGGUGAAGCUGCCAUUCCCAAACCUCUCUGCAAUGGCCUCAGGGAAUGAGGGGGACCCUCCGCAGGCGCGGGGACGCCGGGGGAGCCACAGGCUCAGCUCAGAAGGCCGCGUGGCGGAGGAGGCCGAGGAGGUGUUCCGCAGCUACGCCUUCUACCGCUACCAGCAGGAGCGCCAGGAGCGCGGCGCCGAGCUGCCGCCCGACCCCGAGAUCGAGCAAAUCCAGCAGGACCUGGAGAGCACCGGCAGCCAGGUGGGGCAGCGCCUGGCCAUCAUCGGGGACGACAUCUACAGGCGCUACGACGCCGAGUUCCGCACCAUGCUGGAGAGCCUGCAGCCCAGCCGCGACAACGCCUACGAGCACUUCACCAAAAUUGCCUCCAGCCUGUUCGAGAGUGGCAUCAACUGGGGCCGGGUGAUCGCCCUGCUGGCCUUCGGCUACCGCCUGGCCAUGCACGUGUGGCAGCGCAGCGGCGGCGGCGGCUUCCUGCGCCGCAUCGCGCGCUACGUGGGCGACUUCAUGCUGCAGAACCGCAUCGCGCGCUGGAUCGCCCAGCAGGGAGGAUGGGAGGCCGUGCAGCACCUGGACAAUGUUUACGUGAAGUACGUGCUGGUGGCAGCCGUGGUGGUGGUGGUGCACCUGGUGCUGCGGCGCUUCUUCACCUCCUGAGGGCCACGGGCACGGGGCCGGGGGGCACCGAGCACCCCCAGCUCUGCUCCACGCCCCCGGGACUGGGGGGACCCCAGGAACCUCCAGGAGACAGCACAGCUCGGGGCUGGGACCCUCCUGCUGCAGGGCCUGGGGUCUGCACCCCCAGGACAGGACUGGGGAGAGGGGGGGCUCUGCUUGUUGUGGUUGGUGCUUCAAAAAGCUGCUGAGGGGGGACAACUCUGGGAGGGGACAUCCCUGGGAGGGGACAUCUCUGGGAGGGGACAUCUCUGGGAGGGGACAUCCCUGGGAGGGGACAUCUCUGGGAUGGGGCAUCUCUGGGAGGGGACAUCUCUGGGAGGGGACAUCCCUGGGAGGGGACAUCCCUGGGAGGGGACAUCUCUGGGAUAGGGCAUUUCUGGGAUGGGGUGUCCUUGGGAGGGGACAUCUCUGGCCCCCCUGGCUGCUCUGGAGGAGCAGAGGGGAGUGACAACGCCCCAGUGACAAUGACAACGUGGCCCACAGUGCCCCAGUGGGCAGUGUGUGACCACGACACAGUGGCAGUGUGUGACAAUGCCCGUGGUGCCCCUGGGGCAGCAGCAGAGCCCCCUCCCCAUCCCUGACAGCUCCAUCCCCGUGUCCCAGAGUGAUCCCAGCCCUGGCUGCUCCAGCUGCUGGAAACCCCAGCAGGGACAAACCCGGGGGGCUGCUCCCCCUGAGCCCAGAACUGACCCUUUUCCAACCCUUGAGCCUUUCCCAGCCCCUGAGCCUUUCCCAAACCUUGACCCUUUCCCAGCCCCUGAGCCUUUCCCAGCCCCUGAGCCUUUCCCAACCCUUGAGCCUUUCCCAGCCCCUGAGCCUUUCCCAGCCCCUGAGCCUUUCCCAGCCCUUGAGCUUUCCCAGCUCUCCAUGGACAAUCCUGACCCUUUCCAUGAAAACCCUCCUGCCUGGAGCCCUCCCUGGGAAGCACCAGCAGCUCCCCCAGCACUAAAACCUGUGAGUUCCUGGUCUGGCAGUGGCCCCGUGCCCCUCCUGCCCCAGUUGGGCUCUUACUGGGAGCCACUGGAGCUGCAGCCCCUCCCUGGAGCAGCAGGCACCAGGCUCCUCUGGGCAGGGAUUUAUCCUGGUUCUGUUCCUGGCUGAUGCUUGAGUGAUUUGGGGGUGAGGAAGGGAGGGAGCAAGCUCCUGUCUGCCAUCCCAAACCUUCCUGAUCUCUGCAAACCAGGGGAUUCAAGCUGGGUGUUCCCUGUCCUGCCCUCGCUCUCCUCCCCUUGCAGCUGCCCAGGCUUAGCAGGACCAGCCUGGAUUUUUUUUAACUCUCACAUUUCUCCUGUCCCUGCCUCUUUUAUUUUAUUUUUUUUUUAACAGAAUAACCAAUUUUUCAGCCUGCUUCCCUAUCUGAGCUUGGCAUUUUGCUCCUGGCUGCUCCUGCAGGUUCCCUUUUCCCUGAUGGGAAUGCUCUGGGCUGUGCUCAGGAGAAAAGCAUUAAAAUAUUUGCUGUAUUGUUCUCACUCCUGCAGGGCAGCACAGCUUGGCCGUGCUCAGGUUUUGUGGCCACAAUUCAGGUUCUGUGGCCUCAAUUCAGGUUUUGUGGCCACAAUUCAGCUUUUGUGGCUCACCUGAGCCCCCCUGGCUGCUUUGUCCCCUUGCAGGUCCUUUUUUCCACACAAAAUUCCCGUUCCCAUCGUGCCACCUCUUCUCCCAGCUUGGGAGAAGUUUCAUCUCGAGUUUUAGCUCGAGUUUAAAGCCAUUUCUCUGCGGUGAACCAGUUUAACCAGUGCGAUCCGUGCUUUCCCCUCCUCCCCAGCUCCUUUUUGGGUGCAAACGCCACCAGAUGGAGCCUUUUGGCCACGAUGGGUACGAGCCACCGGUCGUUAUUUCCCUUUUUUCUCCUAAUCAGCCCCUUAAUUGACAAAUCAUCGUCGGUUCUCUGCUUGGAGGACUUGGAAAAAAUAAAAAUUAUCUUUAAUUCGCUGCUUCACACACACUCCUGGAACUGCAGGGGAUCAGGGAGAGCUUUUGCUGCUCAUUUGAUUCUCAUUUCCCAGCCAAAGCUUCCCCUUGCAGCUGUGAGGCCGUAAAGGAUAUUUUUCAGAUUUUUGGGAAACGACUGAGCCUUAGUGGAGCCCAGGACAGAGGGGAGAACUUUGCAAGAGGUGCUGUUCAAAGGAGAAAUUCCAUUUUAGCCGUUUUUCUCAGGGGAUUUGCAGAGGGAGGAGCCUCUCAGGAUGUCAGUGCCUCUCCUCCCUCUGCCCUCAGCCCUCCCAACCUGCCUGGGUGGAAAAAGCUUGAACGGGGACUGGGAAUGCUGAACUGGGGCUGGGAGUGCUGAACUGGGGCUGGGAGUGCUGAACUGGGAUUGGGAGUGCUGAACUGGGACUGGGAGUGCUGAACUGGGGCUGGGAGUGCUGGACUGGGAAUGCUGAACUGGGAUUGGGAGUGCUGAACUGGGGCUGGGAAUGCUGGACUGGGGCUGGGAAUGCUGGACUGGGGCUGGGAGUGCUGAACUGGGACUGGGAGACCUGAAGUGGUACUGGGAGAGCUGAACUGGGAGACCUGAACUGGGGCUGGGAAUGCUGAACUGGGACUGGGAGUGCUGAACUGGGAGUGCUGAACUGGGACUGGGAGUGCUGAACUGGGACUGGGGACUGGGAGUGCUGAACUGGGAAUGGGGUGCUGAACUGGGGCUGUGCCCCACUGCCCCUGCCAGCCCACACCAGGCAGGAAAAGGGGCCUGGGGGAUUUCCUGGUGCUGCCCAGGAGGGGAAUCAGGGCACAGAGAGAGGAAAUUCCUGGGCUGGCAGGAGGAAUUCCCCCAGGAGGAUUCAUCCAGGAGGAUUCAUCCAGGAUAAUUUAUCCAGAGAGGAUCCAUCCAGGUGGAUCCAUCCAGGAUAAAUUCAGCCAGGAGAAUUCAUCUAGGAGAAUUUAUCCAGGAAGAAUUCUCCAGGAGGGUUUCUCCAGGAGGAAUUCACCCAGGAGCAUUUAUCCAGGAUAAAUUCACCCAGGAUAAAUUCACCCAGGAGGAUUUCUCCAGGAGGAAUUCAUCCCAGAGCUUGGGGUGCUGCAUGAAAAAAGGGCUGAGAGCCCAAAGGAGUCUCAUUUACCCCUCCUGAGCCUAUUUUUUCUCCUCCUGAGCCUCUUUUUACACCUUUUGAGCCUCUUUUUGCUCCAGCUGAGCCGAUUUGAGGGCGAUGUUUGAUGCCACCCUGUCCCUCCUGGAUGGAGGAGUGUGUCCCAGCUCCCCGAGGCUCAGAGCCACCUCUGCAGCCCUUCCCCAGACCCUGGGCCACCCUGGGCCACCCUGGGCCACCCUGGGCCACCCUGAGCCCCCCUGGCCAGCCCAGGUGGCCCAGGGCUGGUGGCAGCUCUGGGUGAAGGGGCCAUACCUGCCCCUCGCUGUCACUGUCACCCUCCCUGCCCCGUUCCCAGAGCAGUGUCCCCUCCCCAGCUGUCCCCAGGGUGUAGGGGACACUUUGUGGUGGCUCUGGAAGGGCGGGACAAGGACACAAACUUGUUUUUCCAUGGGGAGAAGAGGGGGAAUGCACAGAUUGUCCCGGGGGAGGGGGAAGGAGGGACCUGCAGGUCACCUUUGCACUGGGUGGGACACGCUGGGGUGGC